AUGUGUGUACGCCUGCUUUGUGUCUACUGGCAGGCAAUCCAACGGGAGUUUUCUAAGGUGCCGGCUCCCUCCUUUUUAGUUUAUUAUCGCUUCCGACUCACCUCGAAGCCGCAGCCGCCUCUCUGUUCAGGUGAAGGUACACUGCAAAAGGAUGCCGCUUUUUCUUCGCAGCCACGUGCAGAGAGAGAGUUCGUUGCCAGCGGCGACACCCCAGCAGGUCCAGCUGAGCAGCAGCAACAGCCGCAGCAGAAGCCGCAGCAAAAGCAGCAAGAGCAGGAGCCAGGAGAGGAGAAGUUUUUGGCUCUUGUGCGUUUCGCCGUUAUCGCGAGCAAAGGCCACCAAGAAUGGAUCGCAGCAGAUAACGAAGAGUGGGGUCCUUUCUUUCGUGGGGAGUUGGGGCGGCUGGAAGAGUGGCUGCAGAGGCAGCAAAUAAAUCAUCCCGACUUCAAUACCUUCCGCCUUGGGGCCAGCAAACGGUAG